AUGCGCAGACCUAUCCUCCUAACAGCCCUAUUCGCCACCCCGGCCCUCCUCCAAGAACAAGGCCUCGCCUUCUCCAUCGGCAACAUCUCCGGCACCGGAUCCGGCUGUCCCGAGGACUCCUGGGGUCUUUUCGUCGAGGCGGGCGAGUUCGGCUUCAUCGAGUUCAACGCGACGAUCGGUCUCGAGGACGAGAGGCCGCAUUUGGAUUGCAAUCUCGCGAUUGAGCUUAAUGAAGUUCAGAAGGGCCAUAGGGUUGUGCUGAGGCAGGUGAAUGUUGGUGGGAGGGCGGGGAUGGACGAGGGUGUGCAGGCUACGAUACGGACGAGUACUUCCUGGACUGGCGAAGAGGGUAGUGAGUUAUCAGAGGACCAAGUCCUUCUCGGCAGCGCCGUCGGCAUCGAAUUCCCGCUCGAGUUCCAGGCAGGCGGGGCCUUCGCCGAGCAAGCUAGCAAGUGCGGUGACUCGUCGGUCGAGCUGAACAUCCAUGUGGAUGUGUUAUUGGAGAGAGAGAAUGAUGAGGGAUCCGGAGUGUGCAGUGUAUUAGCCACAGCUUUGAGGCUCGACGUUGAGCCUUGCGAGGUAGAGGGUGAGACUCCCGUCGAGGAAGCCCCUGAGGAGGAGGCUCCUAUCGAAGAGGGCUCGGGGGAAGAGGCCCCUGCUGAAGGAAGCAAGGAAGAUGAUGAGUGUGUUGUGGAUGAGGAGGGGGUGGUGGAUGAGCCUGCCGAGCCUGAUACGCCGGAGGAGGUAGUAGAGGAGGAGGAAGGAGAGGAAGCGCCGCCGGUUGAAGAAGAACAGCCUGCGGAGGAAGAGCCGUGA